AGUAGAGUACAGCCGCACAAGAGCUACGUUGUAAGUGUUAAAGUAUUUCUACUGGGUUAGCCUCUGUAUUUCGGGAUUUCGCCUUUGUAUUUGUAGAAUGAGCGUGGGCUUCAUAGGAGCAGGCCAGGUGGCCCAUGCUCUGGUGCGAGGUUUCACCGCUGCAGGUGUAAUUGCCAGCCACAAAAUCACAGCAAGUUCCCCAGACACAGAUCUCCCAACAGUCCAGGGACUCCGGAAAUUAGGUGUGCAUUUCACGACCAGUAACAAAGAGACGGUGAACAAGAGCGACGUCCUCUUCCUGGCGGUGAAGCCCCAUAUCAUUCCUUUUGUGCUCGACGAAAUCGGACCGGACAUCGAGGAUCGUCACCUUAUUGUGUCCUGUGCCGCAGGUGUCACCAUCAGCUCCAUCGAGAAGAAGCUACUGCAGUACCGCACGAAUCCAAAGGUGAUGCGUUGCAUGACCAACACUCCAGUGGUUGUGCGUGAAGGGGCUACUGUGUAUGCCACGGGUACCCAUGCACAGGUGGAGGAUGGAAAGCUCUUAGAGCAGCUGAUGGCCAGUGUCGGAUACUGUACGGAGGUGGAGGAGGACCUGAUUGACGCCGUAACGGGCCUGAGUGGCAGUGGCCCAGCUUAUGCGUUCACGGCUGUGGAUGCCCUUGCUGAUGGAGGUGUGAAAAUGGGUCUGCCCCGGAGACUUGCCGUACGCCUCGGAGCCCAAGCCAUGCUGGGGGCAGCUCGAAUGCUGCUGGACUCGGAGCAGCACCCCGGGCAGCUCAAGGACAACGUGUGCUCACCAGGGGGCGCCACCAUUCACGCACUGCACGUGAUGGAAAGCGGCGGCUUCCGCAGCCUCCUCAUCAACGCGGUGGAGGCCUCCUGCGUUAGGACGAGGGAGCUUCAGUCAUUGGCAGACCAGGAGAAGAUCUCUCCGGCGGCCAUCAAGAAGACAACCCUGGACAAAGUAAUGCAGCAGCCAGGGGUGACUGUGGAGGCUGUUGGAGUCAGAUCACGCGGUAUCAGCAUCUUCAACAAUAACAAACCAAGAAUAAAGAAGAACUGAUUUGAAUUGGAUUGUUUUGCAAAGGGCGUGUUGCACAUCCUGUUAGGUGGUGGAAGCAUUUGCUUGUGGAUUGUUUUGUCGACGAGAAUGAAGAAAAAUGGGACGAUGCCUACAUAUUUUUAACAUGUUAUUCUUAAAUGGGUGCUUUUUGACAAGAAAUGGUGAACAUUUCUGCAUGUUUUUGAGAUGUGGGGGGGGGAGCCGCAGUAAACAAGCAUGGUGAGAAUACGCAAACUCCACACAGCAAUGUUCCAAAGGAGAUUUUAUCUCCUGAGCGUGACACUGACAUAGUUACCACUACAUCACUGUACUGUCCAUUAUACAAAUACUGCAAAGUAUACAGUAUACAGGAUCUACAUAAACUUUACACUGUGAGGUCUUCUUAAUAUUCUGUUUUUUACUCCCUCUGCUAAUUCAGUUAUUAAAAUACAGUCAUGGAAAAAAUGAUGAGAGCAACUUUCAGUUUAUUAAUCCAUUUGAAUGCCUGCUACAACUAAAGGUACAUUUGUUUGGACAAAUAUACUGCUCAAAAAAAUUAGAGGAACACUUGGAAAACACAUCAUAUCUAAACUGGGGGGAAAAUGAUGUUGAAUAUGUUUCCUGAUAAUAAGUGGGUGAUGUAUUAGUAACAAAAUGAUGCCACAUCAUUUGAUAGAAAUGGUGGUGGGUCAGUGAUGGUCUGGGGAGGCAUAUCCCUGGAAGGACGCACAGACCUCUACAGGUUAUAUAACGGCACCCUGACUGCUAUUAGGUAUCGGGAUGAAAUCCUUGGACCCAUUGUCAGAACCUGCGCUGGUGCGGUGGGACCUGGGUUCCUCCUGGUCCACGACAAUGCCCGACCUCAUGUGGCUAGUGUAUGCAGGUAGUUCCUGGAGGAUGAAGGAAUUGAUACCAUUGACUGGCCCCCACGUUCACCUGACCUAAACCCAAUAGAACACCUCUGGGACAUUAUGUUUAGGUCCAUCCGGCGCCGCCAGGUUGCUCCUCAGACUGUCCAGGAGCUCAUUGAUGCCCUGGUCCAGAUCUGGGAGGAGAUCCCCCAGGACACCAUCCGUAGUCUCAUUAGGAGCAUGCCCCCACGUUGUCAGGCAUGCGUACAAGCACGUGGGGGCCACACAAACUACUGAGAAUCAUUUUGAGUUGCUACAAUGACAUUUUAGCUAAAUGGACCAGUGUGCUGCAUCAUUUUUUCACUUUCAUUUUUGGGGUGUCUUUGAUUUCCCCCCUCUAUAGGGUGAUCAUUUUCAUUUCUAUCAAAUGAUGUGGCAUCAUUUUGUUACUAAUACA